CCCAUAUAGAUUCUAUGUUCUCCUUUCUUCAGCAAGGUAAAUUUUAUGACUCCAUUCUUGUCCUUUGCGAUAUGUCUAGUCACACCGGAGUCGAUCCACCAACCGCUAAUAUCCGUCAUCACAGCAUUGCAUUCUGUCACACCGACGAAUUCUCUUUUGCUAGUACACUCUUGUUCUAGAUGCUUAUAGCCUCCCUUAUUCUCUUGUUUUUUACCUUGUGGGUAAUUGGGUUUGAAAUGCAUAAACUUUCCACAAUUGUAGCAGGCUUCGCGGGUACUUUCUUUCACUUGAAUUGCUGUGAUUUCGGUCAUCGCGGUUAUGGUUUACAAGGACCAGGGUUUUUAUAGCUUCCUGCAUUAUACCUCUGACGAACAUAAUUCAGCUUGUGCUGCAUCAUAUUCAGUUCUGAUUCUUUCUUACUGGCUAUUAAGUUAUGUUCUAUCGUUAGGUGUAUAGGAUGAUCGGUGACAGAUUUAACGGCAUGGUUCAUUCUCAAUGUGAUGGCAGCCACAACAAAGAAAGUUGCCCUACAAGAUAGUCUGAGAUACAUAAAAUGGUGAGUAAACCCAUGAAGCCAACUGAAUCUUCAAAGCCUGCUGAAAGAGAGAGAAAAUUGGACCUUAAUGAAGCUGCUGAUGAAAUGGAAGAAGAGGUUGAGUAUGAGGAAGUUGAGGAGGAAGUCGAGGAAGAAGAAGAGAUAGAAGAGGUAGUAGUAGUAGAGGAAGAAGUGGAUGAAGAAGAGACUCUUGAUAAUGCAAACCAUGCUGAUGCUAUGAAAGUUGAUGAGAAGGAUGAGGAUGAGAGCGUAAAGCAUGCUGAACUUCUUGCGCUUCCUCCUCAUGGGUCUGAAAUUUAUGUGGGUGGAAUUCCUAGUGAUGCAUCUGAAGAAGAUCUGAAGAAUUUUUGUAAAUCAGUUGGAGAAGUUGUUGAGGUCCGGUUGAUAAAAGACAAAGGUUCUUCAGAGAACAAGGGUUAUGCUUUUGUUACUUACCUUACAAAAGAGCUAGCCGAAAAAGCUACUGAAGAUCUGAACAAUACUGAAUUUAAGGGGAAAAAGAUUAAGUGCUCAACAGCUCAAAAGAAGCACCGGCUAUUCAUUGGUAAUGUUCCUAAGAACUGGACAGAAAAAGAUAUGAAAACGACUGUGUCAAAUGUCGGGCCUGGUGUUACUGCUGUGCAAUUAAUGAAGGAUCCUCAAAAUUCUAGCUGCAAUCGAGGUUUUGCAUUUAUUGAGUACUACAACGGUGCAUGUGCUGAAUAUUCAAGAAAGAAGAUGUCCAGUUCAGAUUUUAAGUUAGAUGACAGAACCCCUACUGUAAGCUGGGCUGACCCUAGGAGUGGCAAUUCUGCUUCAAGUUUUCAGGUUAAAUCUGUUUAUGUAAAACACUUGCCUAAGAACGUUACACAAGAUCAGUUGAGAAGGCUGUUUGAACACCAUGGAAGAAUUACAAAAGUUGUUCUCCCUCCUGCAAAGGCUGGACAGGAAAACAGAAUUGGUUUUGUGCAUUUUGAGGAGAGAUCAUCAGUCAUGAAGGCACUCAAGAACACUGAGAGAUAUGAAAUUGAUGGUCAAGUUCUUGAUUGUUCCCUUGCAAAGCCUCCAGCAUCCGAACGGCAAAGUGCUAAUACAGGAUCGAACGCACUAAAAGGACCUCUAUUACCAAAUUAUCCAUUAGGAUAUGGCCUGAUUGGAGGUACUUAUAGCACUCUGCCUGCAGCUUAUCGACAGCCUAUGGUAUAUGGAAACCCAGGAGUUGCAAUGGUUCCAAUGAUAUUGCCUGAUGGCCGCCUUGGAUAUGUCAUGCAGCAGCCUCGACCCUCAGAUCAUCGGAGUGUUAGUCGCAGGGGCAGCUCCAAUGGUGGUCGGCAAAAUAACGAUGGUAGUCGUGGGCGUCGGUACCAACCAUAUUGAUCUUCAGUUUAGAAUCAUUUUCAAGGUGGAGGGAGGAUCCAUAUGGAUUGUUUUCUCUGAGCUUUUAAACGGAAUAUUAUGAUAUUUGUUCUGAGAUGAGGAAAAAGAGAGAUGAUUGAAUUUUUAGCAUGGUAAAUUUGUACGGAUCACAGGGUGGCCUUUUUACAGCCUUUGGGCAAUAGAUUUUUGGCAAUGUUUUUGAAAGUCAAGAAAAUAUUUUGUUUAGGAUUUCAUAUAGUUAUGAGUCAGGUUCUAUUACAUUA